AUGACAGUCACAGUCAAGUCUCCCACCUCAGGGGAAAUCAAAGGCAAUGGCGAUUCCCAGAACGCGAGUCCGCCAUUCAAGUGCUUCGCCUUUCAGGAUCAUGCCGAGCAUGCCUGGUGGGACAAGACGGCGGCACUAUUGUCUAAAGUUCUCCAAUCCGCCCAGUACAGUGUUGAACACCAGUAUCUUUAUAUGAUGCUGUAUAGGACUGUUCUGAUUCCUCGCCUCGGCCCACACCCCCAUACCUGGGAUUCCUUUAUCACGUAUUCCGGAGUCCCAGUGGAAUUCAGCAUUAAUUUCCAGGAGCAUGGUCCUCCCACAGCUCGGAUCGGGUGGGAGCCUAUUAGCCACAAGUCAGGUUCCUCGGCAGACCCAAUCAACAAGGCCACUAUCACCGAGGCAAUUGCCACCAUGUCCGAACUCAAUCUCAAGGGAUUCAACACUAGGUACCUCAAUCAUAUGAUAGAAUCACUCACCGCUACUAGCGAAGAAUCCGCCGAGGUUGGUCGCGAUCACUUAUAUCUUCUCAGGAUGAAGAAUCAAGUGUCCUUCGGGCUCGAUCUGAAGGGCGGAGAGGUCUCUGUCAAAUGCUACUUGUAUCCAGCCCUGAAGUCGCACCUGACGGGCAAGUCGUUCAGAGUCUUGGUGAACCACGCGGUGCACUCUCCUCGGUGGGUCCAGGACGUGACAUGGUCUAAGCUGCAAGACAUAUGGACUCUGGGUGGUCGCUUUAAGUCCCAUGCCACUAUACAGCGCGGGCUUCAGUUCGCCCAAAAAUUCUGGCAGCUGGUCACUUUGGAUCAGGAGAAAAUGGACGUGGGCAUCUGGAGUUACGAGCUCGCUGCUGGAUCCAGCAUUUUCCCCAAUCCGAAGUACUAUUUCAUUCUGCAUGGUCUCAAUGACAUUAAAAAUGCUCAGGCUAUUGCCAACUUUUACGAAUAUGUCGGAUGGCAUGACUUGGCUGCAACAUUCAUCGAUUCGGUCAAAGGAUACUUUCCGAAUUUCGGAUCUGGAGAGACGUCGAACUUGAUACAAUAUGUUUCAUUAGCAUAUUCGGAGAAGACAGGCGUGUAUCUGAGUGUUUAUUACCACAGUUCUCUGUAG